CAUCAAUCUGCCAGUGACUUUCAGAAUUGAAAAGUUAGAAGGACAUUUACCUUCGACUAAUUCCUCUAAUCCAGGAUAUAAUCUAAAUGUUAUGGAAAAACAUUCAGUGCUCGUGGAGUAUACAUGACGGCCAAGACUGUAGCUUCAAUGAAUGUUACCAUCAAACGUACCACAAUUCCUCUUUCUCCUAUUAAUUUUAUACCGUCUUCUAAAAGGAAAAUAUGGUACUUUUGGUGGGAACAUUGGUGGUAAGACAUAUAUUUACUCUAAUGACUUGGCCAAGAAGAUUGUGAGUUAGCUCGACUGUAUUAUUCGUGGCAUAUGAAUGAUCUGAUGUUUCCAUGAUCAUGUAUCCACCAACGAUCCAUAGCUUAGUAUUAAUUACUGGUACCCAGUGCUAAAUAUCUACUGAAAUUCAAGAUGCCCCAUUUUUAAAUUUGGGGUUUACUCACAUAUAUCCUUAGUUGUUUUUGUGGUUUAAUGGUGUAUCAAAUGCAUUAUUGGUCAUGUUAUGAAGUUAAUUUCUAAUGUCUACUGUGAUAAACUUGAAAUGAUGUAAGAAAUUGAUCAUCAUGUUUCCAUUCUGUUAUUUUGUCAGUACGGGAAGAAAAUAAAUUGUGAAUUAUCAAGUAACUUAUUUGAUGCGCAUCAACUUGAGCACCAAAAUCUACCCACACCCACCAAACAAGUAUUUGUAUGUGAGAUAUAUGACAAGUCUUAGUUGAAUAUGCAGCGGAUUUAGGUGGCGUUGUUGAUGACAACAAACCAGAGCUGUAUGUUGAGUGUGCAUUGUACAUUGAUGGUGCUCCAUUUGGGCUUCCCAUGAGAACAAGGCUAGAGUCUUCUGGACCACCUAUUUGCUGGGGAGAACUCAUUACAUUGAGUACCAAAUAUCGGGACUUGACUACAAACUCUCAACUUGCAUUAACAGUUUGGGAUGUUUCAUGUGGGAAAAAUGAGGGAUUGAUUGGCGGGGCUACCAUCCAUCUCUUUAAUAUGAAAAAGCAACUCAAGACAGGGAAACACAAACUUAGGCUUUGGCAAGGCAAGGAGGCGGAUGGAUCGAUUCACUCUACAACUCCUGGAAAGGUUCCUAAAGAGGAGCGUGGGGAGUUGGAGCGAUUAGAGAAGCUUGUGAAUAAGUAUGAGAGAGGGCAGAUCCAGCGAGUUGAUUGGUUGGACCGCCUUGCUUUUAAAGCUAUGGACAAAAUUAAAGAUCUUGAAAGCAGUAAAAAUGGAAGUUCUCAUUUGUAUGUGCUUGUUGAUUUCUGCAGUUUUGAACAUCGAGUUGUUCUACAGGAAUCCGGGCCAAAUUUAUUAAUACCAGCUUCUAUAACUUCAACUAAUGAACUAGUUACUGUAUGGGACCCGGAAGUAGGGAAAAUCAACCCUUCUGAGCACAAGCAAUUGAAGCUUGCAAGGAGUUUGAAUCGUGGUAUCAUUGAUAGAGAUCUUAAGCCCAGUUCUACUGAAAGGAAGUCGAUACAGAGGAUACUAAAGUACCCACCAACACGAACUUUGAGUGGAGAUGAAAGACAGUUGCUGUGGAAAUUUCGCUUUUCGUUAAUGUCAGAGAAAAGAGCUCUAACAAAGUUUCUCCGUUGUGUUGAGUGGAGUGAUGUUCAGGAAGCAAAGCAGGCAAUUGAACUGAUGGGUAGGUGGGAGAUGAUUGAUGUAUGUGAUGCAUUAGAGCUUCUGUCUCCUGUUUUCGAGAGUGAAGAGGUUCGUGCACAUGCUGUCCGCGUUCUUGAAAGAGCCGAUGAUGAGGAGCUCCAGUGUUAUUUACUUCAGCUUGUUCAAGCUCUGCGGUUUGAGCGCUCUGAUAAAUCUCGUCUUUCUCAAUUCCUCGUGCAACGAUCAUUGUCCAACAUUGAGCUUGCUAGCUUCCUUCGGUGGUAUGUCGCGGUUGAACUGCAUGAUCCUGCAUAUGCGAAACGUUUUUAUUCUACGUACGAGAUGCUGGAAGAAAAUUUGAUAAAGUUGGGAACUGGGGCCUGUGAUGGUGGAGAUGGCUUUAAGUUGUGGCAGAGCCUGGUUCGUGAGACAGAACUGACAGCUCAGUUGUGUUCUGUAAUGAGAGAUGUACGGAAUGUACGAGGAGGUACUCAGAAGAAGAUUGAAAAGCUCAGGCAUCUCCUAUCCGGCCUUCUUAGUGAACUUACAUACUUUGAGGAGCCUAUACGAUCACCUUUGGCACCAACUGUUCUUAUCACCGGGAUUAUUCCGUCAGACUCAUCAAUAUUUAAGAGUGCACUGCAUCCUUUGCGCCUUGCUUUUAGAACAGCCAAUGGGGGGUGUUGCAAAAUCAUCUUCAAGAAGGGGGAUGAUCUUCGACAAGAUCAGUUGGUCGUUCAGAUGGUGUCACUCAUGGAUCGUUUGCUUAAGUUGGAAAAUCUUGAUCUACAUUUAACGCCAUACAGGGUGUUGGCCACUGGACAUGAUGAGGGCAUGAUGGAAUUCAUACCAUCAAAGUCUUUAGCACAGAUCCUUUCAGAGCACCGAAGUAUUACAAGCUACUUGCAGAAGUUUCAUCCAGAUGAGGAGGGACCUUUCGGGAUUACAGCCACUUGCCUUGAAACAUUCAUCAAAAGUUGUGCAGGCUACUCAGUGAUCACGUACAUACUCGGCAUUGGAGAUAGGCACCUUGACAAUCUUCUACUUAGGGAUGAUGGCCGCCUCUUCCAUGUUGAUUUUGGUUUUAUCUUAGGUCGUGACCCAAAGCCCUUCCCUCCACCUAUGAAGCUUUGUAAAGAAAUGGUGGAAGCUAUGGGUGGAGCUGAAAGCCAAUAUUAUACGAGAUUCAAAUCCUAUUGCUGUGAGGCAUAUAACAUCCUUCGGAAAUCAAGUAACUUAAUAUUGAACCUCUUUCAUCUGAUGGCGGGCUCCAACAUUCCCGAUAUAGCUUCUGAUCCUGAAAAAGGCAUUUUAAAGCUUCAAGAGAAAUUUCGGCUGGACUUGGAUGAUGAAGAUUGUAUACAUUUCUUCCAGGAUCUCAUCAACGAAAGUGUUAGUGCUUUGUUCCCACAAAUGGUUGAGACCAUUCAUCGGUGGGCACAAUACUGGAGAUGAUCAAUCGAUCAAUCAUCAACCAUAUUUAGUCGCAUUUUACUAGUAUUUUAGCUUCUUCAUAUCUGUUGUGGGCUGCUAUACAGGUUGCAAAGGGCUUGUGGAGGAAAUAAUGUGUAUAAAGAUGUAAAUAGUACUAGAUUUGCUGUCAUCUUUACAUAUAUUGGUUUAAUUAGUUUGUAAAAAAUUGGCAUAUGAUGGGUUAGAUUGUAAAGAAUCAGGAUUGAUAUUAUAUCCAUGAUAUAUGCAGGGAUUGCUGGUAUUAUUUUUCAUUGUUAAAAACAGAAGACGACUUUUCAA